AUGGUCCUUACGAUUCGUAAGCCUGCCCCAGACUUCACAGCUGAUGCUGUUAUAGACGGAGAGUUCAAGAAAAUCUCAUUGUCGGACUACAGAGGCAAGUAUGUGGUACUCUUCUUCUACCCCAUGGAUUUUACUUUCGUUUGUCCGACCGAAAUCUGCGCCUUUAGCGAUCGCGUAGAAGACUUUGAGAAGCUCAAUACGCAGGUGCUUGGCGCUUCGACCGACUCUAAAUUCUCUCAUUUGGCGUGGAUCAACACACCUCGUAAGAAGGGUGGACUGGGUGAGAUGAAUAUCCCGCUCGUGGCUGAUGUGACCAAAGAUUUGUGUACCAAGUACCAGGUCACGGUCGAAGAUGGUGACGAGGUGGGGGUGGCUUUCCGUGGUCUCUUUAUCAUUGAUAAGGAAGGAAUUUUGCGUCAAAUUACUAUCAAUGAUCUGCCCAUUGGCCGCAACGUGGACGAGGUUUUGCGUCUUAUCGAUGCCUUUCAGUUCCACGAAGAGCACGGCGACGUCUGCCCCGCUAACUGGAAAAAGGGUGGCCAGACCAUGACUGCUAACUCCAAAGACUCGCUCAAGUAUUUUGAGACUAUGGAGGAGCCAUCUAAGAAGCUCAAGGUUGCCAAGUAA